AAAAUGGAACAUGCGCAGUAGCGUAUCGCUUUAGCAACAUGUGGUUAUCACUAUUGAUUUUUGAAUUCUAUAACUAACACGAACAUUAUAACGCACUAUUAAAAUUUGAUGAAGCUACAGAUAUAAAUUUUAAAACAUGUUUCGAAUAGCAUCACUAUUAGUCUGGUUGUUAGUUUUAAAAAUCUUCGACAGUUGUUUAUGUGAUAAAACUGGUAUAACUUUUACUUUUAAAGAAUAUCAGUACAAGGAUACCCCUAAAAAUGAAAUGACUUUUCAUGAAUUUGAAACCGCAUGUGAGCAGAGCAGCGCCUGUAAUCAAAUGAGUGGUUUAACAAGAACGCGAUGUGUUCGAGAAUGUGUAUCACCAUCGUGUUACAGAGAAAUAUAUUCUUCGGAUCCGCUAGAAGAGGGUGAAAUUGAUGUCAGACUUAAUUCAUUCAAAGGCUGUUUUGUUCAAAGAAGUGGUCGAACACGAAAUUGAUUUUCUUCAACAGUUAUAUCAUCAUUUAUCUUGUGCGUUAAUAAGAUAAAUAAAACACACCAAAAAUUUGUAUUCAUACUGCUACUCCUGACUACAGUUGCUUAUAACGGCAAGACGUUAACGAAGAAAAUUGUAACAAAUUAUAGACAUAAGCCUUUAUUUUAGUUACAGUUAGUGAUAUUUUUAUUUAAAAAAAAAAUAACUCUUUUAUAAAGUUAAGUUACUUUAAGGUUGUUACCUACUAUUGCGAAGCACCUUACAAAAUAUGCGAUAACUACGCGUACUUACCUAUUUGCAUUUUGCAGUGUUCUUGAAUCACUAAUUAAAGUAAUGUGGUUGAGCACCGUAGACACCACUUUUUAUUCAAAAUAGUUAUUACAAACUCGCUGAAGGUGUUAAUAAAUCAAAGAUUUUAUGCUAUAGAUAUGUCUAUAGCAAUUCGAAACGAAGGCAGACAAAAGUGGCUGAUUGUGUUAAUUUCAUUUAGUCGCAUUGCUAGUUAAACAGAUAAUACCUAAACUAUUGUCUACAAUGUCGAGUUGUGUGUUCAGGAAGUGUAAAAACUAAAUAUACAUAAAUAUAUAAUGUAAGUAAAGACAAAAUUGUACAUGUGUAUGGUCAGUGGAGUAGCUAAAUUCGGAUUGAUUUUUUGGUGAUUUUGUAGACACAUAACAUAUUAAUUAAUAGUAAAAAAUCUUUGCAGUAAAGUAGUUAAUAUCUGGACGGCAUUAUUGGGCUAAAACAUAAAAUCCGUGUAAGAUACACAUACCUACAUUACUUAACAAUAAAUAUGUAAGAUAGCUAAUAACAUUUUUGCUCAUCUUAAUAAUAUAAUGCACUACUACAUUUUGGUAGCUUUCUCAUAAAUUAUAACACUGUCAAAUAAUCUUACCAUCAAUUUAACAUGGCACGAUAUCCUAUGACCAAGUGUGGGCUAUUAUGCUCAAAAAUAAAAUCUUUACAAAAUCACGAUCAACUAGAAAUGACUACGCUAAUUAAUAUUGUAAAAAUUAAACAAUUAUCUUUCGUCAUUUGUAUAAUAUCGAAGAGAAUAGGAAAUUCAAUAGAUAAGGAAUCUAUUGAACUUCCUAUUUCAUUUACCAAAAAUGUCUAAAGGUCUAAUAAAAUUUUAAAGAUAUAUUA